AUGUCAUUGCCUAAAUCCGGUUUGCCAGCUAGCAGCACCGGAAUUCAUGAAAUUGGGUCAGAAAUUCACGACUCGGUCUUCCUGUCCCACGGGCGAUCUGGCGGUUCUGAUAUCACCGACUAUGAUCAUGAAAAGAAUCACGAUCCAGAAGUACCACGACCUUUGGCGCGUCAAUCUACAGAGCUUGGUCAAUCAAUCGUGGUACCACGACUGAAGCGAAGAGGCUUAUUUGGCCAACUCACUCUAAUCGCGGAGGUCGAAGACCCGAGGACGUAUCCCCGAAACACGAAAUGGUUUAUCACGUUUAUUGUUGCAACGGCCGGGAUGCUAGCACCGCUAGGAAGCUCAAUCUUCUUUCCUUCGCUAUCUCAAGUAUCCAAGGACUUGAACACAACACCCACCUUAACCAACCUCUCUAUCUCCUUGUACAUGCUGGCCAUGUCAAUUUGUCCUCUAUGGUGGUCAUCAUUUAGUGAACGACUUGGUCGACGAACCAUUUAUCUGACUUCGUUACUUCUUUUCGUUGUUUUUAAUAUCCUUUCCACCAUUUCCGAUACAAUCGCCAUGUUGAUUGUCAUGCGAAUGCUUAUGGGAGGCGCCGCCGCCUCAGUCCAGGCCGUGGGUGCGGGAUCCAUUGCAGACAUAUGGGAGGUUCACGAACGAGGCCAUGCAAUGAGUAUCUUCUACCUGGGGCCUUUGUGUGGACCCUUGCUGGCACCCAUCGUUGGUGGCCUUCUGGCCCAACGCUGGGGUUGGCGAAGUACUUUAUGGUUUUCGGCCGUUCUCGGUGGUCUCAUACUCAUAUUUAUCCUCUUUGCCCUGCCGGAAACUUUGAGGGUACAAAAGCCUAUGCUGCCCCCUGUCGACCAAGACGAAGAUCCCAUGGGCCGCCCACUCAGUCGCGUAUCGACUCAGCAAGUGGUCAAGUCCACAGCUAGAUGGCUGAAGCUCCUGAAGAUAAACUUCAUCGAUCCUUUGAAAAUUGUAUUCUACUUGCGGUACAUCCCGGUGCUUCUGAGUGUGUACUAUGGCAGUAUUGCCUUCGGAUCUCUUUAUGUGUUGAACGUCAGUAUUGAAGACACAUUUGGCAAACCACCAUACAACUUCAGCACCAUCAUCAUUGGCUGCCUCUAUAUCCCCAAUUCCUUGGGUUACUUCGUCGCCAGUUCUUUUGGUGGACGAUGGAUGGAUGCUAUCAUGUACCGAGAAGCGAAAAGGGCAAACCGAUACGACGAAAAGGGGAGGUUAGUAUUUCACCCAGAGGAUCGCAUGAAAGAGAAUGCUUGGCUCGGUGCUUUCCUGUAUCCAGCCGCUCUGAUUUGGUAUGGCUGGACCGUAGAUAAAGGUGUUUUCUGGUUGGUACCGAUUAUUGCCAACUUUUUCUUCGGAAUUGGCUCUAUGCUUAUAUUCAGUAUGGUAACCACUAUGCUGACCGAGUUCAUGCCGAGAAAAUCAUCCAAUGGUGUUGCCUUGAACAACUUUGUCCGAAAUAUAUUUUCCUGCGUGGGAUCCCUUAUCACAGCUCCACUCAUCAGUCUUGUUGGGAACGGUUGGCUCUUCACAAUACUAGGAGUCCUCGGCUUUGCCAGCGCUUCCACCAUUCUUUUCAUGAAGGCAUGUGGCCCUCGAUGGAGACAGAAGAUGAACGAGCACAUGAAGUGA